CCCAACCUCACCGCUGUUAUCUCGACCUACGCUGUCCACCCGCUGGCAAUGUUCUCCCCCGCGCUCGGGAGAGUCGUCCGCUCGACCAGCUCCGUGCCAGCCUGCUCGGUCUGCGCCCUGGGCCGUCCUGCUGCCCUCGGCGCGGUUCAGCAGCCCUUUGCCCGGCCGAGCCAUCAGCGGCGCCCGUCUUCCUCAAAGGCGUCGAUACCGCCAGACGGCUCGAAUGCGAACGGAUCGAGCUCCGCGCAGCAGACGCCUGCGAGCGCGAAUAAAGCUCCCGCGAGGAAGCUGACGGGCAGGGCUGGUAGAAAGCGAUCAACAACACCCCCGGCCCUCAACGUUCCUCAUGUACCACCCACCGACUAUCUUCAGAAGCCUGUGAAGAUAUCGUCCUUCUUCUCCCUCCAUCGCCCGAUAUCGCUCACGUCGCCCAUACCUCCCGUGGCGACCCAUGCGUCCUUCGAUUCUUUGUUCAAAGCCCGCUCACCGACCGACCGGAAAGUGAUGAUGGACAAUAUACAGACGCUGUCGAGCGGCAUCGAAAGUCUGGAGGCAGCCCUGCGGGUGCAAGAGAAGCAAGGGCCCGAGGAGAUGCAUGCUGAAGCGGAAGUCCAGCAUCUGGAUGGACCACCACAAGCGUCAAUGGACCAGCUCAUGUCACGUUUUGUUCCAUUCAGACCACCGCCCGCCCCUGUACCUUUCGACCAAGCGACCGAAUCCGAAACGACCUCGCCCGGGCUCGUCGAAGACACCCUCAUGGCUGCUACAGCAGGCAAGCAGCGUGCAUGGAGCACAGCCGUUGUUGUGACGGAAACUACAGACGCGUCCGGCAAGCGCACAUAUUCAGCCACAACGGCACCCAUGGUUGAAAUCUCAGUACCGCCUACAGAGAACAGACAGGAAGUCGAUGAGAUUGAGAUUCGGCAGCCGUUUCUCGAACGCAUGAGACAGCGGCAAAAUGCGCACAACCGCUCCCGGGAUAAUCUGAGGCGCCCAGACAUGCUGGCGAUCAGUGUCAAGAGGCAGAGGAAACUGAAGAUGAAGAAACACAAGUACAAGAAGCUGAUGAAGAGGACGAGGCUGCUGCGGAGGAAAUUAGACAGGACAUAAUAGACUCAUGGUGGCGUUUGGGGGCAUUGCAUACCCGAGUCGCGGGGAGACUUCGGUGCCUGGGGCAUCCGUAUCACACACCCAAUGGACGAUGCCUGAUCUUGCGCGUGGCGGCUCGCAACACCACAGUUGCAUCGUGACAGAA